UCACAAAGGCAGAGAGAUACCGUCAGCUCCAACAAACCAACCAACAACCCUCACCGCCUCUGCUUAGUCUACCUCUACCUCUCUUGUUCACACACACACACACACACACAUACACACACACACACACACACACACACACACACACACCACACACACACACACACACACACACACACACCACACACACGCACUCUUUCUCUCUCUCUCUCUCUCUCUCUCUCUCAUACACAGCCUCAUACCUUGUGGCGUCCCGUCACUGCUCUAUGCGUUGCUGAUGGACCGGCCGGGACGGUAGUGAAUGGCUAAUUUUGACGUCAAGCUUCUCGCGGACAGAAACAUAGUGAUGCUCACCUGUUCCUUGACAUAAGGGUUUUACGAUGUAUCUCCAACAGGUCCUCAGAGUAACUCCAUAGGAGGGCUUUGCAUUCUCCUCUCUGUCGCUCUGUUUUUCCCUCACACACUCACACACUCACACACACACACACACACUCUUUCAUCUUCUCUGCCACUUCCCUCGCGUGCCGAUGGGUGACCAGUCAGCGUUCGAGAGCCACCUGGCCGAGAGCCACCCGUUCCAGGCGCUCAUGUCCCGAGUCCUGGCCCAUCCUGCCCCGCGGUUGUCCCGGGACCCCUUCGGCCACUGCUCCCCCCUCGCCAUGGGAGGAGUGGUGGGCGGUCACUUCGGGGAGGGGGCGGACGGGGUGGACGGCGGCGAGGCCGGCGGAGAGGGCUACCCCGUCGGCGGCCUGGAACAGCAGCAGGAGAGUCCAGUCGGCUGGGGCGGUCAGGCGUCUUCGUCGUCGUCCUCCUCCUCUUCCUCGGCGGUGAUGCCCUCCGGACCGCGAGGCAGGAGCCAAGUGGAGGAGUACAGGGACGAGUGGGCAUACAAUGGAUACAGAGGAGGAGGAGGAGGAGGAGGAGGAGGUGAAGAUGGUGUAGGAGGCAACCAACAAAAGCUGGACUCCUUCUCCGAGGCGUUCUUCCGGCGCAGCCUGGUGCGGCAGUACGCCGACGCGGACGCUCUCUUCGGGAUGAAAGGGAUUCCGGAGGGCUCGGUGUCCGACUUCCCCCUGCCGUCGCUGUCCAACACCUCCUUCUCCUUCCCCCACGUCCUGAGUCCGCCCCCGACCCCGCUGCCGUCCGGCCCGGUCUCCUCCCCGCCGCGGCGGAUGCACCUCCCGGCCUCCUCCCAGGCCGCGGUCCUGCCGCCCGGCUCCUCCCAGCACCAGCACCAGCACCAGCUGGACCUCUCCUGCUCGGGCCCGGUGCAGUUCUUCCCCGCGCUGCAGCCCUUCUACCCGGCCAGCCAAUCGCCCACGCUCACCGCCAAGUUCCCGCUCCACCAUUGGCUGCAGCAGGGCCAGGGGGCCGACCCCAGGGGCAGGGAGCCCACCCCGCCCGUCGGCCAGGGCAGAGACUCCCUUCUUUACCCCGACGAGGAAUUCCAUCUGAAACACCUGGACGCCGGCCAGCACAACGACUAUGGAAGUGCAGAUUGCGGCCUGCAAACCCCCAUCAGUUCGCCGCUGCCCCAGUACCCACAGUCCUGCACGAAGCCCCUGCUGGGGCCGGACGCUGUGUCCUCCGCCAGUCACAUGACCUGGUCUACGGUGGUUCCGUGCUCUGUUCCGUCAUUGCUGCCCGUCUGCAUGACCUCGCUGACCCCUCACCUGCAGACCAACGGCCACCGGGCAGGUGAGGAGGUGCGGCCCUGCGUCAGCUCCCAGAUGUUGAUGAGCCAGCCCGUGAGCCACACGCAUAUCCAGAAUGUGAGCCCCCAGGUCUACACAGGAGCUCCCUUCAAGAGCAUUCUACAGGCCAGCAGGGAGGUGGACGUGCUGGCCUGGGACGGGAUGACCGACGCCACCCUCCGCUACACGCCGCAGCCCAUGCUCAACCCCCAGCGCCGCGGGACCGGCCUCUUCAGUAGCCUGGCCCCCCUCAGCACGGCGGUGGACAGGGAUCUGAGCACGGGGGAUGGGGAGAGAGCCUUGCUCCACAGAGGCAUUAACAUAGGCCCAGAAUUCCAGGCGGAGCUGCCGAGUCUGCUAACUCGGGACGCUGAGGAGGACGAUGACGAAGAUGAGCUGGACACUGACGAGCCUCUCUCGGAGCAGCUGUGGAAACCGUCCAAGGAGCUGGAUAAUGACACCAUACUUCAGGAACAAGUGGAGAGGGUGCUGGAGCUCUGCAGUUCCGGAGCCGUGCCAGGAGGGGGCACUAACGUGGAGCUCGCUCUCCACUGCCUGCACCAGUGCCAGGGUGACAUCAUGACUGCCGUGGAGAUGCUGCUUUUCUCCCAUCCGUUCCCGGCCGGUGACUACCAUUACUCAGGGAGCGAUGUCUGGCAUUUGAACGAAAAGAGAUUGUUCUUCAAAGCCUACGCCAUGUAUGGCAAGGAGUUCUCUCUCAUCUCAAAAAUGGUGAAGACAAAGCGAGUGUCCCAGUGCGUGGAGUUCUACUACCUCUCCAAGCGGCUCCCGGACAAACAGAGACGGCAGAGGGAGCGGGAGAGAGAGAUGGAGCUGGAGCAGGAGGCUAGAGCAGCCUCAGUCAACAGAGUCCCUCUGGCGUCUAAGGCUCUGGCAGGCCCAGCUGGUAUGGACGGUGUGAUCCGAACUCCAUCGCUGGCUACCAGCUUCCCUUGCAAACAGUGUGGAAAAAUGUUCUAUAAGAUCAAAAGCAGGAACGCUCACAUGAAGAUCCACCGCCAGCAGCAGCAGGAGACCUGGACUGACGGCAACGGCCCGUGCAAGAACCUCCCGGUGACCCAGCAGGACCAGCAGGUUCUGGUUCAGCCGGCGCAGAACCACCAGCUCCUCUCCCAGAACCUGCUGCAGAACCUGGUCCAGUCUCAGGCCUGUCUCACCUUCCUUCAGAACCCCAAGAACCACGCCAUUAACAUCAGCCCCAACAUCGUCCCCAAGUCCUCCCCGCUGCCACUCUACCCAACCGGCCUCCCCUCGUGGGAGGGCUUCCAGGGGGUCUCUGACUCAGGCGCUCUGUACUAUGACCCGGAAGUGAAACCCGUGCUGGGGGCCAAAGGUCAAGUGCAAUGGCCAUAGCAGUCAGAGAGUGCAUGAUUUCCUCUGUGAGAUUCCUGGACUCAUUCACAUCGGAAGUUGUGUAUAUAUUUUUGUGUAGAUAAUGUUUAUACAUUCUGAAUAUUUCGAAUAAGCUUUAAGACUACUUGCCUGAGACCAAUAAAUCUUUUUUUUUUUUUA